AUGGCGACGUUCGGAAGGUCUUUCAACGAACUUUGGCUCGCUUUCCUCGUCAGCGCAGUCUUCAUGGGGAUAUAUCGCCCGAGUGGAGCGGGAAUCAAAGUCGGUGAGUGCGAGUUUUGCCCGCAUGGGGUUUACGGAGACAGCCCGGGAUUGGUGUCCAAGGACUGUACAGCCAAGUGUCCGAAAGGGACGUACAACGACAAAUUAGGCGCCAAGAGCAUUCUGGACUGCAAGCCCUGCCCUGCUGGCUUGUACGGGUCAUCGACAGGUCUCACGACCAGCCAGUGCUCGGGACCGUGUCCAAAUGGCAAGUACUCCAUGACGGAGGGGCUCCAGCAGAUCAGCGACUGCAUGGACUGCCCCGCUAGCUAUCGUGGUCCGCAAGGAUAUCGAGGCAAUGACGUCACCAUGGAGAACGGUGGCGGAUACCCGUGUGAUCGCUACCAGUACGGCAAAACAAUUCUCAACGGGCGAGAUGCCAACAAUGACGCCUGGUUGAAUGGCUACCUCUCGGAAGUCCGGCGGCCGACAAAUGGACAGGUCAAUGAUAACACUACACCGUAA